CUGUGUUUAGUGCGAAAAAGACGAAAUUAGUGGACAAAGACAGCGUCAACUGUGAACUGUAAAAUUGUGAAUUGCCAAGCACACGAAAGCAAGGUGUCUGGCAUUGCCGAACUGAGCUGAGACCGAGUCGUGCCACAGUUCGUGUCGAUUCAUCGUCGUCGUCGCUGUCGUCGCUGUCGUCGUGGUGUGUGUUUAUUUAACACAGUUCCUCGUGCUUUGGCCACUCAGUUCGUAUUCGCAGCUCGUGCCGUGCGUUCGUCCUUCACCCAUACACACACAUACACACGCACACCCGCAUACAUACGUCCGCACGCGGAACACGCUCGCAUUUGUGAUCCGAAUCGGAAUUCGCGCUCAUCGCGUCGAACAUGUGAAUACAUUCAAACAAUUCGAAUCUAGUCGAGAUCAGUCGAAGCUCCCUGGCUCAAAUGCUCCACAUCGUGUGCUCGCAUCGUUUUAGUUGUUGUUGUUGUUGUUGAGCGAGAAUACCAGCUGCUGUCUCUGAUCUCUGUGUGUGUGUGCGCGCGCGUCUGUGAGGAGGAGGAGUGCCGACGCCUUAGUUGAUAGCCAUCGAAAGCGAGGACCAGAAAGAUGGCCAGGUUGCGGCAGAGCCUGCUCGGCGGCUGGCUGCUCGCGCUUGCCGCCCAAAUAAUUUAUGUGGAUUACGCUCGGGCGGAUUAUGAGAACACUUGGAAUUUAUAUUACGAGCCACCGUGCUGCACGGGCGCCGCAGCAGCUGUUGGCCAUCACCUGCGGCAUCACAAAGAGCACGUCAAGGACUUCAGCUGCGGCCCGCUGCACUACAAAACCUUUUACAUGGAUGAGCGCAACAAUGCGCUCUACGUCGGCGCCAUGGAUCGCAUUUUUCGUCUCAAUCUGCGCAACAUCAGCCAAUCGAUAUGCGAGCGCGAUGUGCUCAUACUGGAACCCACUGGCUCCGAUAUACUCAACUGCGUGUCCAAGGGCAAGCGAGAGAAGGUGGAGUGCCGCAAUCACAUACGCGUCAUUCAGCCAAUGAACUUCAAUGGACACCGACUCUACGUCUGCGGCACUAAUGCGCACAAUCCCAAGGACUACGUUAUAAAUGCCAACUUAACACAUUUACCCAGAUCCCAGUACGUGCCCGGCAUAGGGUUGGGCAUCGGCAAGUGUCCCUACGAUCCCGCUGACAACUCAACCGCCGUCUAUGUGGAAAACGGAAAUCCCUUUGGUUUGCCAGCGCUGUACGCGGGCACAAAUGCGGAAUUCACCAAAGCCGACUCGGUUAUAUUUCGCUCGGACCUCUUCAACUUUACCAAUGGCCGCAAAGAGGCCAACUUCAAGCGCACCGUUAAAUAUGACUCCAAAUUACUAGACAAACCAAAUUUCGUUGGCUCCUUCGACAUUGGGGACUUUGUGUACUUCUUCUUCCGCGAGCACGCCGUGGAGUACAUCAACUGCGGCAAGGCCGUCUAUUCGCGUGUGGCACGCGUCUGCAAGAACGAUCGCGGGGGCAAGUACAUGAUCAGCCAGAACUGGGCGACGUAUCUAAAGGCGCGCAUGAACUGCAGCAUCUCGAGCGAGUUCCCCUUCUACUUCAACGAAAUACAAUCCGUCUACAAGAUGCCCAACGACGACAGCAAGUUCUAUGCCACGUUUACAACGAAUACAAACGGACUGAUUGGUUCGGCUGUCUGCAGCUACGAUAUCCGGGAUAUCAAUGCGGCCUUUGAAGGCAAGUUCAAGGAGCAGGCGACAUCGAACAGCGCCUGGCUGCCCGUGCUGAACUCGAAAGUGCCGGAGCCACGUCCGGGCACAUGCCACAACGACACCGCAACAUUGCCGGACUCGGUGUUAAAUUUCAUACGCAAACAUCCGCUAAUGGACAAGGCGGUCGAUCAUGAAUUUGGCAAUCCGGUAUUCUACAAACGAGACGUUAUACUCACCCGCCUCGUCGUCGACAAAAUACGCAUUGAUAAACUGAACCAAGAGUUUCUGGUCUACUUUGUGGCCACGAGCACUGGGCACAUCUAUAAAAUCGUGCAGUUCAUGCACUACGGCCAGCGGCACUCGAAUCUGGUGGACAUCUUUGAGGCGUCGCCACGCAACGAGCCCAUACGCGAGCUGACCCUCAGCCAGAAGACGGCCUCGCUCUACCUGGCCACCGACCAUCAGGUGAAGCAGAUCGACCUGGCCAUGUGCGCGCGACGCUACGACAGCUGCUUCCGGUGCGUGGCCGAUCCGUACUGCGGCUGGGACAAGGAGGUGAAUGCCUGCCGGCCGUAUCAGCUGGGCCUGCUGCAGGACGUGGCCAACGAGACGUCCGGCAUCUGCGACACGAGCGUGCUGCGCAAGCGCGUCACCUCCUCCUACGGCCAGACGCUGCACCUCUCCUGCUUCGUCAAGAUGCCCGAGGUGCUGCGCAAGAAGCAGACGCGCUGGUACCACCACUCCACGGAGAAGGGACGCUACGAGGUGCGCUACACGCCCACCAAAUACAUCGAGACCAACGAGGGCGGCCUGGUACUGCUCGCUGUGAAUGAGGGCGAUGGCGGCCGAUACGACAGCUAUCUGGAUGGCACCCUGCUCUGCAGCUACGGCGUCACCGUGGAUGCGCACAGAUGCUCGCCUCCUUCGCAGAAGCAGGACUACCAGAAGAUCUACUCGCACUGGUGCAACGAGUUCGAGAAAUACAAAUCAGCCAUGAAGCAGUGGCAGGCCAAGCAGGAGCAAUGCGGCCUCAAGGACAAAUCAGCAACAAGCAGCAGUGGCGGCAGCAGCGGCAGCAGCAGCAGCAGCGCCAGCAGCAGCAGCAGCAGCAAUGGCAAGCAUGUCAACGAUGUGUUUAGCAACGACGCCCUGGUCUGACCCAGAAAGUACUUGUACAGCUCCGAGUUCUUGUCGGCGGGCUCACGCCCCAGUUUUGGCCAGCACUUGUACAUUUUCGUGUUUCUGCUAGCCCUGUGCACUAGUUUCUAAAAGUCUCUAGUCGAACUAGCCAGAGCGACAGCAACAACAACAGCAACAGCAACGAGCAGCAGCAGCAGCGAAGGGAUGGAGAGUACCAGCACCCAGAAGGCAGUGACAAGAGCCGAGCAACCAACUACAAAGACUGAAAUUUUUAAGCUUUUGAAAGACAAUAUUUCAAUAUGUUUUCAAUAUGUGUUUUUAUUUGCUUCAUUUACACACACACACACACACAUACAUAUACAUAUAUA